AUGAAACAGCGAGCACAUUCGACAUCUACAGGUUCUAUUGCUACUACGCCCACAGCACCCUCUCCUGCUUCGAUACUAGGCGCUUUUACAAAUGAGUGUGAUAGAAUAGCUCCAAAAUUUGAGGUGGAUGGCUCGCAGAUACAAAUUUUACGGACGCCAUCAGAAUUUUACGAGACGUUGAAGAUAUCCACACUUCAGCAAGCUCUGCGUGCAAAACCGGGCUUGAAACUUAGUAUUCUUACUGAUGCCUUGAGAGGUACGAGAGAGUCUCCCAAUGCGUCAUGUGCUUCACUUCUCGCCCCGCUGGUGUCGGAGUUUGGUGCAGAUAGGGUCGAGAUUCUCUCGAGUUUGAGCUUCUUGGUAUCGCCAGACCCCCAACUACCUGCUGGAUACACACUUGAAUGGCCCUCCUCGAAUUCCUGUCCUUCUCCUCUUACAGACUCCCAAAAAUACAUUUCUCAUGCAUCAUCCAUUCUCACACCCUUGAUUCAAGCUUCAACAACAUCGAGCUCGAGAUCCAGCAAUCCUCAAGCUAACACAACGAUCUAUCCCAUCUCCCAAUUCACACCACUGUUCCCGUCAACCUCCGACACAUCCACCGAACUUCCUCUUCUCACCCGUCUUCUUACCUUUCUCAAUUCUCCCACCACCUCUUCAUCCUGGACUUUCACAGCCGGCUACUUCAAUCCGUCGCCAACUCUUACCUCCCUGCUCCUCCACACAACAUCUAAAAAUAACACCGUCCUAACCGCUUCCCCUCAUGCCAACGGCUUCUACAAUUCCCCUGGAGUCUCCGGCAUGCUCCCCGCAGCCUACACCCUUCUCCUCCGCAAAUUCCUCGUUGCAGCUCAAAAAAUUCAGGGACCCUCUCCAUCCGUCACUCUACGAGAAUGGAAAAGGGGAACUGUCAACGAGCCUGAAGGUUGGACAUAUCACGCUAAGGGACUUUGGGUAUCAUUCCCCACCCAAUCACCCUCCUCAUCCACAACCGAGACUCCCAAGCCAGCAAUCACAGUACUGGGUAGUAGCAACUACACCAAAAGAUCCUAUACAUUGGAUCUCGAAACAGGUCUCAUGAUCGUAACCCGAGAUCCGGACUUGCAAGAGAGACUAAGACAGGAAAGAGAUGGGCUGGGAGAGUGGGCAAGCGAGAUUGGGAUGAAGGAGUUCCAAAGUAGUGAGAGGAGAGUGGGGCUGCAUGUUAGGAUUGCGAUGUGGAUUGUGGGGUCGUGGGUGGUGCUUUGUAAAAAGUGA